AGGAGCCAACAACUACUCUGUGUGCCUAUAACAAGAUCUUCUGGUGAAGUACAAAUCAAUUAGAAACCUUUCUUUCCUACAUUUCCUUUCUCGUUCUUGAAGAAAAUGUCCAACUCUGGAGGAAGCUGUGGAUGCGGCACAAGCUGCAACUGUGGCAGCGGAUGCGGAUGCGGGAAGUAUCCAGAUAUUGAGAAGAGCACAACUGUUACCCUCAUUGAAGGGGUUGCACCUGUAAAGAUGUACUCUGAAGGAUCUGAGAAAAGCUUUGGUGCUGAAGGAGGCCACGGCUGCAAGUGCGGUUCCAGCUGCACCUGCGACCCCUGCAACUGCUGAUGACAUAAUUGAGUUAGGCCCCAGCAAAUGGUUACCAUGUAGCAAGGCACAAGUUAUUAGGCAAGUGUGUGAUGGAAAUUAUGUAUACUACGUACAAUAAGACAGCCAUUACUAGCAAGUUCAUCUGCUAAACUUGUUGGUGCGUGACGUGUGUUUUGUGUUUGUAAAGUCUAUUGUGUCAUGUAUAUGGUUAUGAUUACCAGUUACCGGGGCUUGUUGUAAGCGUGGAGGAGGCUUGAACUAUAUAUGUAACCAUGUGAUAUUUGUAAGAAGCUCCUCUAUCUGUUAUUUUGUGUUAAUCCUUUAUCACAAUACUUUUACCUACUGCAGCACUUCUUCUGAUA